AAAGUAUUCAUGUUCAUGUUGGUACAGGGCAGGGCCGGUCCUAGCUUUGUGAGGGACAUGCAACAUACUGUUGGGGGCUCUUUGCAUUCAUAUAAUCCGCACUAUUUUGUUUGUGUUCCAAAUCACAACAACGUGUAUAUGAUGCGUUGUUGUGAUUUUACUGUCCACUGUCACAUCGAGCUGUGAUUAAACCAGUGAAUAAGUUAACGGCCUGUUAAGUGAAGAGUGGACAGUGUUACAGUGCCAUGUUGUCUUCAGCCUAAACCAGGUCUAAUCCCGUCCUCCUCCUCCUCACUAACUGGAUUAACGAGGCAUAGAAACCGCACAGCUACAAAUCAACCAAACCAGCAGCUGCCACGGCAACAGCGGUGAAGGAGGCCAUUUUCUAUGGAUCCAUGCAGAGCACAGAGAUCUUUGAUUCGUCUGUUCUUUCCGUUUUCUAAAACUGUUCCACAGCUUCUAAACAAACGCCUUCAGAGCUCGAAUUAGCUGCAAAUGCACACAUGCUAACCAUGGAUCCAGACAGAGAUGACACCGCGGUGUUUUCAGACUCAGAGGACCCGUUUCCUCCGAGGCCAGAGGAGGACGAGGAGAAGGAGGGCGACGAUGAAGAAGAGGAAGAAGACGCUCGGAUCUUCAGUGCUUGGAUGCAGCGGUGCCACUGUGGGAAACAGGAGGAGAAAACCAGCGAGGAGGGGGAAGAGGAGGAAGAAAGAGAGUCAGAGGGAGCGAGGAGUGACAGCAGAAACAGUUUAGAACAAGUGUCCAGAAUCAGGGUGGACCGUCGGGCGUCGCUGCCGUGUCCGUCCACCCUGUCGUCCAUGCAGCUGUCCCGUCUUCACUCGUCCACUCAGGCUCCAGUGACGGCCAGAGUCCUGCUGCGUCGCUCCUCCUCCCGCCGCCUCCUACAGCCCUUGCCACAGGAGGCCGCCGCCCCCUCCCCGGAGCGAAGACCCUCCCUCAUAACCACGACCCCUGAGGCCAUGACGCCUGGGAGGCGGGGCCAGUUCAGGAGACGCAACGUCAUGUCACUGAGCGACGCAGACAAUGUGUGUCUCAUCUGUCGUCACGACUUAAACCGAGGACUGGGUGGAACCAGAGAGCUGCAGUGCACACACACGUUCCACAGAGAGGUAACUAUUCACCAAAAUAAAAGCCUUUUACCACAUUAUCUCAACAAGAGCUUCUUAUGUCCUCCUGUCCUCUUCUGUGUCCUCCCGUCCUCUUCUGUGUCCUCCUGUCCUCUUCUCUCAGUGUAUAGAGGAGAGGCUGUGGAGGAAGCAGUCAUGUCCUACCUGUCAUGUCCAAGUGUCCAUGCCUCAGCCGGUCUACUGGAGCUCCACCAGGGUCAAAGUCCCCUAACACCACAGUGAAGGAACACAGUGGACAUGGACACUGUCAACGUCCUCCUGCACUAUAUAAUGAAUACUUUUAUACUAUACUGGUGUGGUGCAGGUAUAUACACUACUGUAUUAGUGUAUAUACCUGUAUAUAUACUACAGUAGUAUACUAGUAUACACACAUGUGCAGCACAGCAGUGGACUUCAAUAAUCCAAGUGAACUUGUAACAUGUAUAAUAUAAUAAUA